CGAGGCGGGUAACCUGCCGCGGCGGGAGGGGGCAGAGCCGCCCGAGCCGGCCCGGGGCACCGCGAGCGCCGCCCGCCGACGGACACGCCGCUGCCGGGCCGAGGGGCGGCCGCCCGGGAGAGCCUCCUCCGGUGGGCGCAGAGCCCUGCCGCCGUCCCGCUGCUACCCUGCCGCCGCCCCGAGGGACGAUGGUGCCGCGGGCCUGGCGCUGCGCGGGGGCUCGCCCGUUCCUGCUGGCGCUGCUGCUGGUGCAUCUGCCUCAGGGUCGCGGCCACCGAGCCACGGGGCCCCGGUUUCUAAUAAGUGACCGUGACAGAGACCCUCAGUGUAACCUGCAUUGCUCCAGGUCCCAGUCCAAACCCCUCUGUGCCUCUGAUGGCAGAACAUAUGAGUCAAUGUGCGACUACCAGAGAGCCAAAUGCCGGGAGUCAAGUCUGAGUGUGACACAUCGUGGCCGAUGCAAAGAUGCUGGCCAAAGCAAGUGUCGAUUAGAGAGAGCUCAAGCACUGGAACAGGCAAAGAAGCCCCAGGAAGCAGUCUUCAUCCCAGAAUGCAAUGAAGAUGGAUCAUUCACGCAGGUGCAGUGCCAUACCUACACUGGAUACUGCUGGUGCGUGACACCUGAUGGCAAGCCUAUUAGCGGCUCUUCUGUACAGAACAAAACUCCUGUAUGUUCAGGUUCUGUAACUGAUAAACCAUCAAGCCAGGGUAAUUCUGGAAGGAAAGUUUCUUUUCGAUUCUUUUUAACCCUCAAUUCAGAUGAUGGUUCGAAGCCAACACCUACCAUGGAAACCCAGCCGAUUUUUGAUGGAGAAGAAAUCACAGCACCCACCCUUUGGAUUAAGCACUUGGUCAUCAAAGACUCCAAGUUGAACAGCUCCAAUAUAAGGAAUUCAGAGAAAGUUCACUCCUGCGACCAGGAAAGGCAGAGCGCCCUGGAGGAGGCCAGGCAGAACCCCCGCGAGGGUAUCGUCAUCCCUGAGUGCGCACCCGGAGGACUCUACAAACCAGUCCAAUGCCACCAGUCGACUGGGUACUGCUGGUGUGUCCUGGUGGACACGGGACGUCCCCUGCCUGGUACUUCCACUCGCUAUGAGACCCCAGUGUGUGAAAGCGAUGCCAGAUCGAAGAGCACAGAGAUUGAUGAUCCAUUCAAGGACAGAGAACUUCCAGGCUGCCCAGAAGGGAAGAAAGUUGAAUUUAUUACCAGCUUACUUGAUGCUCUGACUACGGACAUGGUACAGGCUAUUAACUCGGCAGCACCUACUGGGGGUGGGAGGUUCUCCGAGCCAGACCCCAGCCACACGCUGGAGGAGCGAGUGGUACACUGGUACUUCAGCCAGCUGGACAACAACAGCAGCAAUGACAUCAACAAGCGGGAGUUGAAGCCUUUCAAGCGUUAUGUGAAGAAGAAAGCGAAGCCCAAGAAAUGUGCCCGACGUUUCACUGACUACUGUGACCUCAACAAGGACAAGUCAAUCUCGCUUCAGGAACUGAAAGGGUGCUUAGGAGUCAGCAAGGAAGGAGUGCCCGAGCGACCAACCCACCCUCCUUCUUCUUCUUCCUCUUUAAUCUUCACCUCAUCUUCUGUUGGGACCUGGACCAAAUUGAUAUUUUUAGAAAUUUUAUGAAUUGAAACUCUUCAACCCAAAUUCAAUAAGUAUCAGUCAUUCUUGACUGUGGACAGACUUGCUUGGCAGCAGACGGCAAACAGGGAGAUUCCAAAGGGCUAAUAUCCUGUGCAGGUGUUUUGGCUGGGUGGACAGCUCUUGUUAUAACUGUUGUGCCAGUUGGGAAGGGUGAGUAGCUUUCUUUCUCCAGGCUUAACCUUUCCUUAGUUCUUUCUUCAGGUUUAACACAAGAGGGAAGGGAAUCAGUGCAUUUAGGUGUUGGGAAGUUGCCUUUUAUAGGUGCUUUCUAAGCACCUUAGUUAUAAUAUGCCUGUUGCAUUACUUGUCAGCUGUGAGCAGCAUUCAGCUUCCCUAGCUCAGUGGAAGUUUUUUUCUUCGUCAUUGGUACCUUGCUGAGGAAUGACAUUACCAAAAUAGCAACCCUGUUCCUUAAUUUUAUUACCUUCCCAAUAAGAUGAAUAUGCCAAAUGAGUUUUAUUGCUAUUUGGCCUGGAAUAAGGCUUUCUGGAAUCUGCUGCCUUGGCCAACCAAGUGUUCAAAAUAUAGUUUAUGGAAGGUAAAAAAAAAAAAAGGGCGAGAAGGCAGAAAAUGUGAAUCUUUGAGCCUGUGCAAAGGGAAAGGAAAGCAGUGAGACAAUGUGAGUGCCUGAUUGCCCAACUAUUUGUCAAGAACACAGCUUUGACCUUCCAUGGUUUCUUCUGUUGCAUGAGGGGACAGGUUUGUGCUCAAAAAGGAGCUCUGACCUUGUUUUAUCAUACAGCUCCACAUGCCUACUGAAGGCCUGAGGGGCCUUGAGGAUCAAAGAUAAAUGGACAAAUUAUGUGAAAGAAGGACUGAGGGGUGCUAAAGGAUAUUGAGGUCUAAAAAGCAGUGGAGGGGGCAGUGCAGGGAGCAGGUACUAAGAUGUAGGAAAGAACUGAGGGAGGGUACUCUUAGAAAUGCAGUAAGCAAGUUUGUAGAUGGAUCUUUUUUAAGAAGGCAUGAAUUUGUGAGGUGGUAGAUAACAUGUUGGCUCUGCUUUUUAUUCACAAGAAAUCUAGAAAUAACCAGCAGCUUACCCUUUCUCCAGCUUUCCCUUAUCCUGAUCAUUGGUGUAUGCAGUCAGUAAACUAGUCCGUGCAUUUGCUCUCUGUUUCUUUCUCUGUGUCAUGGCCUCCAAACAUCUGCUGAGGCUGAGGUCACUGUGGGUCCAAGCCAAGAGCUAGUUGGGAACCUUUCUGAUGACACACUUUCACUUGUAAACUGCCAGUCAGAUGAAACCAAAACUUUUCAUGGAAAUGUUUCUGUUUCAACAAAAGCUUUGUUGAACAGUUUUUUCUGGUCUGGAUUGGAUGAGGAAGGGUUGGAGGGAGACAAGGAAAAUCAUCAUUUCCCCUUGAUAUACUUCAUUUCAAAUGAACUUGCCUCAGAUGUUCCAAAUCCUGGUUGGGUAUCCAGCAGCAUAAGGACUAAAAUGAAGUGGGUCAUCAUUCCAGGUGAAUGUGCCUCCUGCCAGGUAAACUGAACACUUGUAGUGAUUUUGAAAAGAAUAAAAAUUUUACAGGGUUUGGGAUGCUGAGGAAAAUAAACGUUAAGGCUUCUGCCUUUGUGUUUUGGUUUUGGGUUUUGUUGUUAUUGUCAUUGGGGUUUUUUGGUUUGGUGGGGGGAUUUUUUUAUUUUUAUUUUGUUUGGGUUUUGUUGUUUUUUUUUCUGUGGCCAGCUCCAUCCAAACACGCAAAUAGUGUUGCAUGAAGGAAGCACAGGGCAUAGAUAAAUCAGCAUUGUCAUGUGCCUCUUGGGCAAUAGAUAGUCUAAAUAAGCAAGAUUUAUGUGGAAGGAUUCAGCUGGGAUAUUCAUAAGGACCGACCUGAAUCUGAACUCCUUCCAGCUUAGGAUCAAACCUGAGAUGUGUAGUUCUGUCUGUCUUCCCCUCCUCAGCAUGUUCUUGAUGCCUGUGGUAACCUAACACGUGAUGCUGCCAGCCAGUGGUUCUUCAGUGAGGAAAAAUAGCUAUCCAGUCUGCCAGCAACCCUUCCUCUUUGCCAUCCUUAUGAUGACCCAGAAAGUUGCUGUGAAAUCUGCUAGAUCUGGUGGCCACUUUGCACAGCUCUUGCCCAUCCGCUUAAACCAGAUGUGUUUCUACCAGAGGUAACUCGUAUGGAAAAAUGCCAUUCCUGGAUCUCAGAAUGGAGUAGCCACAUAAAGCCAGCCUUUGAGUACUUGCAGAAGCCUGCAAAUGGUUUCUUAAACUGUGGCAGAACAGGAAUGGGAGCUUGUAGCACACCUGAAAUGGUCUGUGCCAUCAUUUGAUCUAGGAUCAUCUGUUUGAGGAAUUGUGGAAGGAAAACAGACUGAUUUACAGCCUGUUAAAAGUUAGUAUUCAUCAGUGCAGUCUGCACAGCCUGAGUUAAGGGGGGAACCAUCUGUGAUCUAAGAGCAAAUUUAGCUCUCUGCAUUAGUCAAAAGGCAGGGUCCUUGAGAAGAGAUAGACAUGCAUUUUGAAGCUUGCUGGAACAUUACUGGACCCAAGAUUAGUUGGAGCCCAGUGAUCGCGGAGAGGAGGACGGCAGAUCAGAGCAAGGCUUAUACUAGUUGUGCUGGCUGCAAAAUGCUGGAGCUGAGUUUUGCCUCUAUAUUCUUCCAAAUUCAGAAGACAAAGUCAGCAUUUUGUGCCUGCCCAAAGAGGAGCUAAGGGAUUAAACAGUGAAGAAAUGUCCCUCCACCAGCUGACGGAAAGUUUCCUUCUGCCAGUUCAGAUCCUGUGAUUGCUUUGCCAUCCAAGAGCUUGUCAGAUGGUAGGUGUUGGGCGCGCUUCACAGGCCUUGAGGACUUCUGGAACCCAGACACAUUCUGUGCCAACAGCCAGCUACCAAGAGCACAGUCCAGAAACAGGAUCAAAAUGUCUUAAUUAAAAAGAGAGAGAGUGUGUGUAUGUGUAAUUAAACAGCAUGUUACUUUCUACUGGAGCUGAGCAAAUACUACAGAAAGAAGGAAAAAUAAUGGACAAUCUAACCAGCAGAUUUAAUUCAGUGAUGUUUGGGUCCCUUCUUACUGGUAUCUGAAGAAGUAACUGAUUCUCUGCAUGCUUGGGAGGCUUCUGGGAAUGAGGAUGCUCUACAUCACUGAUGUGUGAGCAGCUGUGUGGGAGCGGGUAGCAAGGAGUAGUCACCUGGGAAAGGCCUCUGGACUGAUGAUGGUACAAAGCAGGUAAUAACUAAGUUAAUACAAAGGAAAUUCAGAGGGCAUCUAGUAUCUGUGUGUGUGUAUAUAUAUAUAAAAAAAAUAUAUCUAAUCUAAUAGAUUAGAAUGUAAAUGAGCUCCACUGGUUCAGUGCUUGGUUUUGUUUGCUUUGUUCAGAUAUUCCCCUUUGGAGCUCAGUAGAAGGGCUAUAGUUUGUCACCUUUGAUCUUGAGGAAAGUUACUGACGGUUAUUAUGAAUCAGGACAUCCUUAUUGUGUUGGCUUGUGGUAACGUGUUCCUUCCCCAUCAAAGGUGAAAGCUUUACUUGGUAAAUCUGAUCAUUUCUACCUGGAAGAAGCUGCCAGGGUUUCCUUGGGGGUCCUCCUUUUGAAAGAAACCUGGCCUAAUCCAGCAUGGCUAGAAUUGUUACCCGAAAUAGCAUACUUGUGAGGCUGAGCAAAUACUCUGCAUUAUAAAACAUUCUGAAUGAUGGGAUGUUACUCUGUAAUACCCAAGGGCUUCCCAGGUAUAUGUUAAUAACCCACUGUCACCAUCUGCCAUGUUCCUUCCUGUCUUUCAUGUCAACUUUAUGCUCAGUGCAGUGUUGUUUUGGAGGGAUUUUGUCUUCUGUAAGCAUACAUGCGUGGCCUGGGUUUUAUUGAAGGCAGCUGGCUGAAGGUAAUACUCUGCCUUUGGAGUGAGAGGUGAUGAGCUUCAGGGUAGUUUCCCAGCAUGGAUGUGUGGUGCCACAGAAAGCACAGAGCCCUGUGAAGCUGCCCAUCCUGGGACAUCCCUGCCAUUUUGGGAAUGCUCCCUACCUUUUGCAUCAACUUACCUGGAGCUCCCCACCUCUUUCUGAAGACAAAUAGGUCUCAUUCAUAGCAAAACACUGUAGGCUUAGGUGCACUGAGUGCAAAAUGUGGGGUUUUUUGAAAUCUUCUUGCAUACCUGGCUGUGCGCGGCCCUGGCCCUUGGGGCAGCCUGGCCAGAGGGUACCAUGGCUCAUAAAGGUCUGGAGUUUUAUUGCCAGCUCCCCGGGAGAGUGCCAAUUAGCUCCAGAGGAAUCUGCCUCUUGGCAACAGAGCUCUGCUUUUUAUACACGGGUACAGAAAUAAGUGAACAACGGUUCCUCUGAUCUCACCAGGGCAGAUGGCCGAUCUGAGGUUGGCAUUUGGGGACUUUGAAAUAACUCGCCAUGUUUCUUCCUUUCUUCUUCUUCUUCCUCCUUCCACAGUUUAGGUUAACCUUGUAAUUGUUGCUUCUUGCCCACACCAAUAAAAGAAAUACAGUUUCUUUUAUUAACAAUCUCUAAAGCCAACAGGUUGUGCUUUGCAAUCCACUUCAAACUCAGCCACUGCCACCUUUCUUUCCUCCCUUCUUUUCCUUCCCAGCGAUUCUGUUUCUGUCCUGCACUCCAGUCUCCCAUCCCCCGAGGCUUCCCCAGUCCCAUCCCUGCUCUCUGAGCUUCUGCUCAUCUUGCUUUUGCACAGAGCAAAGCGUAUUCUUGCUGCAGCAUGCAAAGUACUUAAUGUGCAAAGAAAGCUGUGCAAUCAGGUUAGAUGCACGUACAAAUCAAAGAUAGGCUGGGUUGGAGUUGAGAGUGGCAGCAGGCUUACUGCUUCUGGCGGGGAGCAAGAGCUCCCAUUUCUGGCUAAUCCCUCAUCUGAAAUCAGACCAAGCAGCUAGCAGGAAAUGUGACAUGCUUUCUAGACCUUCUGUAAUCCCUGAGCUGUCUAUACCUAGUGCAUGGUAGGAACAGGUUUACUGUUGAGGUAAGAGCCCUUGUUGUGAGCUCCAUCUGGCGUCUCAUGACGCAGUCACAGCUCUGCACUGCCCCUGCCCUUCUGCCAGGUAUGAGUUCAGGUCUUUGAUUUUAGGCACUUCUUUGAUUUUUUUGGUCCAAGGUAAAGAUUUAGUAAAUUUGGACUACCUGUAUUGCCUGCACCUUCACUCUCUUCUGGCUUCCCCCUUUCUACGUGACAUUAUUUUGCUUGCUGUUAGGAGAAACUUCAUGGCACUACUUGCACUCUUCCUUUCUUCUUCUUCCUCCUUAUACAGUUUAGAUUAACCUUGUAAUUGUUGCUUCUUGCCCACACCAAACCUCUGGAUUUCGUGAUGGUCAGCUACUACAACACCAGGUAUUUAACAUCUCUCAUCUCAAGCACAUUAGUCUGACACUUGCAUGUAAAUCUUAAGCAGUGCUUGUAGGACUUGCUGUGUGCAUGCUCAGAGGAGCUCCUUUGAACCUGCCCCCCGGCAGCAGACAGUGGGGAGGCUCCUUUGUCAUGCCAUGGCAUUUAUUGCCUUUAACGUGGUUCUUGGAUU